AGGCUGGAUAAGAUUUGCUUGUGUGUUGUGUGCUCGUACUCUGAAACGCUUUGUUCUCUCAUCAGAAAUAUUUACAAAAGCCACAGAGAUAAUUAGUUGGAUCCUCGUGUUUUUUUUUUCUUUUCUUUUCUUUUUGAUGAUGCAGAAUCCUUGCUGAAAGUGUCGCCGUUUGAUAAAAGUAAAAGAGUGUGUGGCAACCGCGAUUAGAUAAAUGAGAUAUUCGUUUCUAUUGUAUUAAUUCUUCUUAAUAUUUAUUUCCAAGACUUGCAAAAUUACUGUAGUCAUCUCAUGAACGCAUAUACCAGUUACCAUCGACCUACGGGAGGGGAGUAGGUCAGUGAGGGUGACUUGGAGCUGAAAGGAAACGAUUUAUGACACUUGUCUGAUCGCAUGCACCAUGCUUCAUUGAAAAAUAAGGAUGUAAAUGAAAUUGUGCCUUAAGAUCCUGGCUACAUGAAAAACAACUAAAUGCUGUCUGGCAACCCUACAAGUGGACCGAUGCAUUCCGUUAGACUACCUUCCCCCCAUUGUGACCGCGAAGGAACAAAGCCGAGCGUCCCGCAGGAACCUGCAGGAACCUGCAAGAACCUCUGCUGCACUGAUGUUGUUAGCUCUGUGUGCCGUCCCCACUGGGAUAUUGAGGACAUUGUGACCGUCUGCUAUGUUUUGUUUUUAGGGUGUUAGCUUGUGUGUGCAUCUACUGGAACAAGAAUGGUGAUAUGGAACUCCACCUCAAGCAGAUGACAUGUGAAAGUCAAGUCUCAGUUAUGUUCGCAUAUACUGAUAUAUUUACCGUCAAUAUUGUGUUUUUCUUCAUCAUUAAUAUGCGAUAUAAAUACGUAUAUUAAAAGAAAUAUAUAACAUAAACAACAGGUGAGAUAUUAUUCUAUUCCUCGUGCUGCGUGUUUCCUAUGCAGCAGUGAAAAGUCAGCUAUGAAUGAAAGUCGCGUUUAUAUAAUAAUGAAUGGUUUGUCAUCACUUCUGCCUCGUCUUUGUGCUUCUUGUGCCCCAGAAGUGAACUGCUGGGUGACCGCUUCUCACCGCGCGUACCUUCACUGUCACACACUCCGUGCUCCUGACAGGGUACACAUAGCAAUGCUGCCACUGAAUCCGGGUUGUAGCAUACACUAAAGCUGUUGAAUAAUGUUUAAGCACAUGCUGCUCCUACUGAAGCACCGCCGAACGCUGUGCUCCUUGGUGGUGGUGCUGCUAUGUGGCACUUUGUUGAUGGACGGCCAGCUGCUCCUACUGACAAGGUCUCCAAACAGCAGGUUAUUCCAGAACAGCUCACACAAGUACAGCUGGUCCACGGUGUCAGUAACAUGCUCGCCGCGGACCAAUAUCGCUUUUCUCAAGAAUCAUAAGUGUGCCUCUACUGCCAUACAGAACAUUCUCUUCCGUUAUGGUUACAAGCACAACCUCAAAUUCGCUCUGCCAGAGAAGAGAAAUUUCUUCGGUACGGGACUCGAGAAUUUCCGAGCCGAAAUGGUGCUCUCCUCCACCCUGAACAAACUCCAGCCCAACAUCUUUGCCAUCCACACCAAAUGGAACCAUACUGAGGUGAAGAAAGUUAUGCCAGCCAAUACUGUGUUCUUCACCAUUGUCAGGGAGCCCAUCGCUCUCUUUGAAGCCUUCUUUGCCUUCUCCAGGGCUAAAAAGAGGACUGGCCUGACCCUGGAGCAGUACAUCAGAGAGGUGCCUGUGGAUGAGAAGAGGACAGGCCUCUUCCACUACAAUACAAUGGCGUGGGACUUCGGGAUGCCAGAGGAGAAACUCAACAAUCUUACUGACAUCUGGGAUAUGGUAAUGCAGGCAGAUGAGCAGUUUGGGUUAGUGAUGGUUGUGGAGAGGAUGGAAGAGUCACUGGUGCUGAUGGCUGACUACUUGUGCUGGGAGCUGAGUGAUGUGCUUGUGCUAGAUCUCAACUCUCUCAGGAGUAAGUUCAAAAAACCUCUACAGCAGGAAUUAAAGAAUAUCCUGCAGAAAAAGCUUGCCCCAGAUUAUCUUAUAUAUAGGCAUUUCCUGAAGAAGUUUGACCAACAAGUCGAAGCCUAUGGAAGAGGCAGAAUGGCAGCAGCAGUGUCCAGGCUACGGGAAAUGAUGGCACUGCUCAUGGAUCUCUGCAGUUUCGUCAGAAAAAAUGCUUCACAGCUUGCCGGGAAGUAUAGGCCCACAUCAAAUAAGGUGGAAGGCUUCAAGACAAAAGGUGACAUGUGUAGUCUCUACACAUUACCAGAGCUUUCAUUCCUAAGUUUACUGAGGCAGAAGCAACGUAAAGACAUCAUCAUUAGCAAGACCAAUACAAAGCCAACCUCCAAGGUACCUCCCAAGACAACAGCCUGGCCUUCAAAGUCCUCAGAACUUACCUCCAGAGGAUAUAACAACUCACCAGAAUCUAAUCAGCUGACACAUCUGUUAUCACCAUCUCUGGGGUACUAAGACUGUUGCAUCAUACCCUAUACAGCCCCAUUACACCACUAAGACCAGGAACAAGAAACAAGCAAAUAACAAGGUUCUUCAUCAGAAUCAUCCUACAAAUCCCAACACAGUAUUAAGACAGAAGAUAGAGUUGUAGGAAGGAAAAUUCUUAUGACUGGUAAUCGGAAUGACUAUAAGUUCCGGGUUCAAGCUUGGUAAAAGUUUGAAUUAAAAAGAGAUAAGACAUUGGAGUGGUAGAUGACUGUUAUGGACUAAAGUAAUCAGGUUACUGGUGCUGAGUCAAUAGCAAGCUUUAAAAGAUUAGAAGUGAAGGACAGAUGAUAGGUGGAUACAGGUAGGCAGGUUUUAUGCAGGGACUGCCAUGUAUAGGUCUACUAGCUUCCUACAGCUUUCCUUAGUUUCUUAUGUUCUUGCAUUCUCUAUUGACCUGAACACAGUAAAUAUUUCCUGUAGAUGUAAACCUCUAGGAAAUCUGCUGAGCUUAGAUAUAUAUAUAUAUAUAUAUA